ACAAGUUCCAUUGAUGAACACAAAGGUUGUUGACUGAAGAACCCCAAGAAGAUUGGGAACCCAACAACAACCCAGAUCUUCUUCACCUUCGCAUUCCGUUUUGAAAGAAGCAAAAGUCAAAACACAAUUGAAGAAAGCCAUGUCGAAAAAGGAAGGAGCUUUGCUUCAAUUCGCUCCGAUGCAGAGUUCCGUCGAUGAAGGCUUCUGGCACAGAUUCUCUUCCUUGAAGCUCAACAAGCUCGGCAUUGAUGAUUCUCCAUUACCCAUCAUUGGUUUCUAUGCACCUUGCUCACAUUCUCAAGUGUCAAAUCAUUUAACUCUGCUAGCUGAGUCUUUGCCUUCUGAAUCAAGUGAUUCUUCAUUGGUACCAGAACCAAGCUCCGGUAACAGGAACAAGUGUUCUGUACCUGGGAUUCUUUACAAUACUAAUACUGUGGAAGGUUUUCAUGCACUUGAUAAAAUGAAACUCUUGAAGGAAGAGGCAGCAAAGAUAUGGAAUGACAUAGUAACUGGAAAAGCUGUGGAGGACUGUUCAAUGCUUUCAAGAUUCCUUCUUAUUUCUUUUGCAGACCUCAAAAAAUGGAGCUUUCACUAUUGGUUCGCUUUCCCAGCUCUGAUGCUUGAUCCUCCUGCAGCCUUGGUUAACCUAAGGCCAGCUUCUCAGUGGUUGAGCGCAGCCGAGGCAGAAUCCCUCUCAACUGCCUGUAAUGAGUGGCGGAACUCAAAAUCAACGGCAGAUGUUCCGUUCUUUUUAGUCACUAUGGAUCCUCAAUCGCGUGCUACUAUUAGGCUCUUGAAAGACUGGGAUGCGUGUCAGAGCGAUGCUCACAAGAUCCUCUUUGGAUUUUAUGACCCAUGUCAUCUUCCAAAUAAUCCUGGCUGGCCUCUACGCAACUUCUUAGCACUUAUCUCUGCAAAGUGGAAUCUCAAGUCUGUUCAAUUUUUAUGCUACAGAGAGAAUCGUGGUUUUGCCGAUAUGGGAUUAUCCCUUGUUGGUGAAGCAUUGAUAACUGUUUCGGAAGGGUGGAAGGACACCAUGCCGAAUGCAGUUGGAUGGGAACUCAAUAAGGGGAGAAAAGUACCUAGGUGUAUUAGCCUUGCACAGUCCAUGGAUCCAACAAGGUUGGCCGUAUCUGCUGCAGAUUUGAAUUUAAAGCUUAUAAGGUGGCGUGCGCUGCCUUCUCUAAACUUGAGUGCCUUAUCUUCUGUCAAGUGUCUUCUCCUUGGAGCAGGAACUCUAGGAUGCCAGGUUGCACGCAUGCUUAUGGCAUGGGGAGUCAGAAAAAUUACUCUAGUAGACAAUGGCAAGGUGGCCAUGUCUAACCCGUUGAGGCAGUCUCUAUAUACUUUAGAUGACUGUCUUAACGGUGGUAGUUUCAAAGCAACAGCAGCCGUUGAAAGCCUCAAACGGAUAUUUCCUGCAGUGGAAGCAGAAGGUGUUGUUAUGGCUAUACCGAUGCCUGGACAUCCAGUAAAUAGCCAAGAACAGGAGAGUGUGCUCAAUGAUUGUAGGCGCUUGUCCGAUUUGAUCGAUGCUCAUGAUUCAGUUUUCUUAUUGACAGAUACCAGGGAAAGUCGAUGGCUGCCAACUCUUCUCUGUGCCAAUACUAACAAGAUUACCAUUACCGCGGCACUAGGGUUUGAUAGUUUCUUGGUUAUGCGGCAUGGAGCUGGUCCUUUUAGUCAUGCCCAUGGCUUCAAUGCUGAAACUGCUAUUUCUUCAUCUGCUGAUGUGCACAAAAUAAAAGAUGCAAAGGGAAAGCAUAGACUGGGCUGUUAUUUUUGCAAUGAUGUUGUAGCGCCGACUGAUUCAACCUCCAACCGCACCUUGGACCAGCAAUGUACGGUGACCCGACCGGGACUGGCUCCAAUUGCUUCGGCCCUUGCAGUUGAACUUUUAGUAUCAAUUUUGCAUCAUCCUGAAGGGAUAUUUGCAGAAGGUGAUAUUAGCAACAAUGUCAUUGGAACUAGUGAGCAACCUCUUGGUAUUUUACCUCAUCAGAUUCGCGGUUCGCUUGCUCAAUUUUCUCAAAUGACCCUUGUAGGUUACUCGUCUCCUAGCUGCACAGCCUGUUGCGAUACGGUUUUAUCGGAAUAUCGAAACAAAGGGAUGGAGUUCAUACUACAAGCAAUAAAUCAUCCUACAUACCUAGAGGAUCUCACUGGACUAACAGAGUUGAUGAAAUCUGCCACCGCGUUCUCAUUGGAUUGGGACAAAGAUGAUGAUGAUGGUGGUGGUGAUGAGGACUGUGUUGAAAUCUAAGAAUUUCACUCAGUUGUACAUAGAUAAAACUAAUCUAUGUAAGUUGUAUGAUUCUUUUUUACCUAUGUUAACUAUAUUCCCAAAUAGUCAAAUGUACAAAACUAAUUUACAAUGCUGUAAGGAAAGAACUUUCCACUCAGAAUUUGUCAUCUCCUCAAACUAACCAGAGUUGUGGUAAUUAAAUUCUGCUGCAUAAAUAAAUCUUUGAAGACAA